GUCUCUAGGUUUUCUCUACCACCACACAAUUUCUAUGUUAAUUACCAAAAAAAGAGUGUUUUUUAAUCAAAUUAGCUAAACUAAUCCCUUUUUGCUAAAAGAGUUUUAAGAUUAUGGAGAGAGAUUAGGCCCACUUGGUUUGAAGAAAUCUCCAAUCUUUCUUCGCCAAGUCUCCACACAGACACACUUGUGUUCCUUCUUCUUCUUCUAAUCUCUCUCUCUGUAUGUCGGAGACUAGCAGCAUCAUGGAGUCUCUAACUACAUCAAAUCCUUCCUUCGUUUGUUUCUCUAAAACCAUAUCUCAUUAUCCUUCUCGUCUAACUUCUAUCCAAAAGUUCGAAGCUUCCAACAACAACAACACCUUAUCCUUAUUUUGCUGUAAAUCAUCGAAUCCGAAACCAGAUUGCAAUCGUCGUAUCAAGAAGCUAAACCCAUUUUGUGUAUUGCGCCCAAUCGUUCGAACAAUAAAGGGUUUGGUCUCUUCUCAAUCCAGGCUAUGGAUGUCUCGUUUUCGAGCUUACAGAGACGAAACGGCGGCGUUUUCAUCAGAGGACUUCGUCGGGGAUUUGAAGCACAACGGUGGUUUAGGGAUUGCCCUUUUGAGCGUUACGGCUUCCGCUAAGAUCAAGAUUAGCCCUUUCGUUGCGACGCUCUCGUCCAAUCCGACCUUCGUUUCUGCUGUGUUCGCGUGGUUCUUUGCGCAGUCGAGUAAAAUGGUUAUCAAUUUCUUCAUUGAGAGGAAAUGGGAUUAUCGUUUACUCUAUGCUUCUGGUGGGAUGCCUUCGUCUCACUCUGCUCUUUGUAUGGCUUUGACGACCUCUGUGGCGCUUUGCCAUGGAGUAGCGGAUUCGUUGUUUCCUGUUUGUUUAGGUUUUAGCUUGAUUGUGAUGUAUGAUGCUAUCGGUGUUAGACGCCAUGCCGGUAUGCAAGCUGAGGUUCUCAACUUGAUCAUUAGGGACUUGUUCGAAGGACAUCCCAUCAGUCAAAGAAAGCUUAAGGAAUUGCUCGGUCACACUCCUUCGCAGGUUCUUGCUGGAGCAUUAGUUGGUGUGGUGAUUGCUUGCUUUUGUUGCCAAGGUUAUCUCGUCUCAGCCUAAAGAUCUCGUUAACUCUUUACUUAUAAGUUUUCUGGUUGGUUUUUUUCAUUUGGUUCAAGUUCGCAUUAGCAGAAAAAACUCAUGCUUUGAGUAUAUGAUUUUGGCUUAAGACCUGUGGUUGUAUUUAUAUGUUUUGUUCAGCAAUAGAGAAAAACUCGUGAUUCUUCUUUCUGACACUUUUUUGAGUUUUUGUAAUCUCCAAAAAAUACAUUGAUAACUUCUAAACCAA